AUGCAAUCCGUCCCAUUCAACGCCAACCCCUUCCUCGUGGUCAAUAUGAGGCACUUUACCAAACGCUCCCGCCCAAGAUACCUCUUUCGGGUUCAUGCUCCGUACUCAGCAGGAGAGAGCAGCGCAAACAGUGUCCGGUCCCCGGCAGCACUCUACAAUCACCCUGAGCAAGCGGAUGAUCUAUUCGUCCUUGACCCCUCCAGCGCAGCGGAAUCGCUUAAAAAUCAUCUGUAUUGGAGGUGUGAUGACCGUUGCAAUCUGAUGAGCUGGACUACCUCUUUGCUCUUUGCACUGCAGUACGGCCUCCAUCGCCAUCGAACGGAUGACGAUCAUCCCGCGUUCGAAGAUAUUUUCUUACUCAUGAUUGAUACACGCGCCUUCCCAGAAAGAACCUUCAUCAAGGAUUUGGAGGUCGUUAGCGCUCUGGAUACUCACGACGGAUACUGGGAUGAUUACCUAACUCUCCGGGGCACUGGUUAUUUCGGAGAGUAUCUCUCCCAAGGGGCGCUAGAUAUCAACGGGAAAUGCGUGCAGGUCAGCUUCCAGACGCUGAUUGACCUUGGUCUCUUUGAGCUGCUUCCUCCGCUUGCUGUUGAGGCCGAAUGGGAGAAGUGGGCGAGGAGGGUAAUUGAGCUUCGUCGGCCAUUUUACAGACGAGAGGUUUGGAUACCUACCCCCGAUGAAGUGCGGACGACUGUUCAGCUUGCAAGGCAUGGCUUUGGAGGUCGCUGGACUUUUCCUAUUGCUGCCAUGUUGCUUGCGUUGAGGCCGCGUGCGAACAAUGAUCAGGUCAUUAUUGAAGGAUUAGAGGUAGAGUUCUCAAGAAGGCUGACCCUAGAAAGUGUGAAGAUGCUUUGCUAA